AUGUCCGUUCCUGGUUGUCCAAUAAGCGUUUCCGUUGGUGGAGGUCUAGGCGGCCCUCAAGUUUCAUUACCAGGUCCUGGACCUAUACACAAACCAUCUAGCCUGUUGAUCAAUCAUUCAGGUGGUCGCCUAGAAGACGUUGAAGUCAAUGUGGAAGGAAGACGAAGACUUUUGUACUGACAACUUUUAUAAAAUUUAACUUACAAACGAAUGUAACUACUGACGACUUACUGACGCACA